CCAAUCACCCACUUCGCGAGCGGUAGCCAAACGCUUCGCUUCCACCUCGUUAUCCUUGUCUUCUCCAUCCACUUUGACCUCGCCAACCUCAUCUCCUCACUUCGUCGUCCACUGGUGGCUCCGGUAUUCGCCGCAAUGGAAGCCCUCGCCGGCUUCAGCGUCAGCGGCCGUUUCCACCGCCUCCACCUCCCUUCUCGUUCUUGUUCCUCUAAGAGCAGCAUCAUCUUUCACCGUCGCACUAGCUCUCUCCGCGUCUCAGCCUCCCGUGACGAUGAUCCCAAGCUCGAUAAAUGGGACCAAAUGGAGCUCGAGUUCGGAAGACUUCUCGGGGAGGACCCCAAGCUAACCCUCGCCAAGAUUAUGUCUAGAAAAUCAAAUCCUGAUGCAUCUUAUCUUGAUGUUGAGAAAGAGUAUAUAAAAAAGAAAGGUAAACUAGAUGAUAGCAUGAUCAAUGCUCUAAAAGAUUUAGCUUUAGAAGGAAAGCUCCUUGAAAAGCCGCAGAGUAGGUAUCUCUCAAGCCAGAUGCCUAGCGCUAAGCCUAUGUUGCGAAACUUGAACUUGUCUCGUCCGGUCAUGAACAAGGGAUUGAAAGCUUCUAAGCUAGAUAGGAAGCCAGCCUCGAAUGAGAAACCACCACUUCCUUUGACAGAAAACGAUGGCACCAAAAAUGAGGUUUCUAGUAUACCCUUGCGGAAGCCCACCACCUUUCAGGAUGAUGAGAGUGAAGAUAGUCGUUCUAAGCUGAAAAUAAAGCCAAAUUUGUUCUUGAAAAUGCGGAGGGAUACUGAUGAAGAUCUUAGUAGUGCCACCCUCCUGAAAAAGCCUGAAGUGAUUAAGAUUUCUAUAAAUCCUAGUCAAGAGAAUGUGGCGUCUGGUGACUCAAUUCCGUCAAUUUCCACUGAAAUGGAGAAAGCUUCUGACGAUGUGGCUAUCUUGAAUCAUGAUGGAAUGUCAAGUGAGGAAAUAGAGAUAGGCAAUGAGCUUGGAGAUUCUGGUGGACUUACGCUGAGUAGUGUUGAUAAUUCUGCAGUUGAGGGGUUGGGUGUUGUGACUGAUGCCAUUGGAGGACCUGUAGAUGAUACUGCUGAUGCUUACAUUGGUCAAAUCAAAAGACCACAGCCAACUAAGCAAAGUGGUAUUGAAUUUCUUGAAGACCACCUUUCUGAUACAUCUUCAGAUUCGAAUUUAGUGAACAGCGCUAGUAGUAAGCUUACUGCUGCUCCCCUGCUGGAGAAACCCUUCAGGUUGCAGUCAUCCAUGAUGAAAGUAGCACAGUCCAGUGGAAAUGAGAAAGCCAGUUUGACUGGAGAAGGUUGUAAUUAUGCUUUUGAGGAUGGAAAUUUGAACUUUGAUUGUGAAGAGGAAAAUGGAAAUGAUGAUUGGGAGAGGGCUGAACAAUUAUGUAAUACAGGAGAAAGAGAUGAAGUUGAAUUAGUCAGUUGCAGUAGCAGAGGUUUUGUUGUGUCAUUUGGCUCAUUGGUGGGCUUCCUUCCAUACCGAAAUGUUGGUGCCAAAUGGAAAUUUCUAGCUUUUGAAUCAUGGUUAAGGAAAAAAGGUCUAGACCCCUCCUUGUAUAGGCAGAACCUUGGCAUUUCAAGGAAAGCUGAUCACCAAGUGAAAAAUUCCACCCAAAACACAAAACAAGGUGACGAGCCACUGCAACCAACUGUGCGAAUUGAAGAUCUCUUGGAGGCGUACGACCAAGAGAAGGCCAAGUUCUUGUCAUCCUUUAUUGGUCAGAGAAUUAGGGUAUCAGUUCAACUGGCCGACAGGAAAUCCAGGAAGUUAAUUUUCUCUGGAAGGCCCAAAGAAAAAAAGGAAAUAGUUGAGAAGAAGAGACGUCUUAUGGCUAAACUCGGUGUUGGAGACAUUGUGAAAUGUUCUGUCAAGAGAAUAACUUACUUCGGCAUUUUUGUUGAUGUUGAAGAAGUACCUGCUCUGAUUCCUCAAUCAGAAGUAUCAUGGGAUACUGCUUUAGAUCCAUCAUCCAUUUUUAAAAUUGGUCAGACAUUGGAUGCAAAAGUCCUCGAACUGGAUUAUGGAUUGGAGCGAAUCACAUUAUCGCUUAAAGAAGUUACGCCAGAUCCACUAAUGGAAACCUUGGAAUCAGUUGUUGGUGAUGGUACAUCCUUAGGGGGACGCCUUGAAGCAUCACAGGCAGAUGUUGAGUGGUCUGAUGUGGAUGUGCUUAUUAAAGAACUCCAGAAGAUUGAUGGGGUUCAAAGUGUUAAUAAAGGACGUUUCUUCUUGAGCCCAGGCUUAGCUCCAACUUUUCAGGUCUACAUGGCUUCUAUGCUUGAUAAUCAAUAUAAGUUAUUGGCUCGAUAUGGAAAUAAGGUCCAAGAGGUUAUUGUACAAUCUUCUAUGGACAGAGAAGAGAUGAAGACUGCAAUCUUGACAUGUACAAAUAGGGUCUAGGGAUCAGAGUCAUCAAUUUAUCUUAUGGUCCUUUUAUAGUUCACGGGUGCCUUGAAGCUUUUGUUUGUGCAGCACUUGAGCCUGGAUAAUACCAUAUCAAGAUCCUUCUAAAUUUCUAAUGAUCAAAGAUGGUGAUGGAAGUUCCAGCUGGUUUAUAAAAGUUUGGCGUCCUUUCGCAUUUGGUUUGACCCAGCAUUGUCGUCGCCUGUUGAAAAAUAUGUUCAUUAUUUCAUUUUGUAGAGCAUGGUUUUUAAUGAUAUGACCUUUAUACUGAUAUUUUUUGGGUUAAGUUUUA